CACACACACAGGGUUUCGGCUGCGUGCACAGUUGCAGUUGGCACACUAACUGGCCCAGUAGCUUGUCAGAGUUGGAGCUGCACCGCCGGGAAGUUGUAUUUGGCGUCUCUGCGGUCGUGAAAAUCCACCUAAAUAACUUCGUAUGGGCAGACGCUUCUGUGCAAAUGAAGUGUUUGCAUUGUGACCCAUCUGUAACCAUGCGCGGUGUGUUGUAGCGAGCAUUAACCGCGAGCUAACGUCAAGUUACCGCUAGCCAAAUGGCAAAGUAUCACACGGACUGAGAUGUGCAGGCGAGCAAAUUACACUGCGGAAUGGAAGUAAGGACACUUCGGGAUAAGUCGUCAAUAUAAGGACGUUGUCUUCUCCUUUGGUCAGUGUUUGGAUGCUGAUCUUUCAGAAGCUGAGGCAGUAGUGCCCUGGUUGGAGCUGUCAACCGCCAGCAGUGGCUCGCCCCCGUCCUGCCGUGCGGCGCUGGCCUAGCAGGCUAGCAGCGAGCUAGCUGCAGGUUUGGCUAAUCGACCACAGCGCGACAGUGUUGAUGGCCUGUAUGCCAGCCAUGGACGCCAUGACCCCAACAUGCCCUCCAGUGCACCAAAACGGGACUGCCCACCGGGAGUCUCAGGAGUCCAGGCCAGCUGCCAGUGUCCUGAGGCUUCAUUUAUACCACACCAGCCAGGGAGCGGCCAACUCCGCCCCCCUCAGCUACCCACCGGGGGACUACGUGGCCGAGGAGCUGUGCAUAGACGCAGCCAGGGCGUGCAGUGUAUCGCCACCGUACCUCAGCCUUUUCGGCCUCUUCCGAGAGCGAGACGGCUUGUGGUUCUCACCCAACCACAUCUUCCAGCUUGAUGAAUCAUCCUCAGAGGAUGUGUUUUUUAGAAUAAGGUACUAUUUCCCUGGCUGGUACAGUGGUGGUGCGUCGCGGGCUUAUCGAUUUGGUGUCACCAAGGGGUCAGAAAGCCCUGUCGUUGAUGACUUUGUUAUGGCAUACCUCUUUUCUCAGUGGAGGAGUGAUUUUGUAAACGGCUUGGUGAAGAUUCCCAGCUCCCAUGAAACUAAGGAGGAGUGCCUCGGCAUGGCUGUACUAGACAUGACGAGGACAGCCAAGGAGAGACAGAUGUCACCACUGGACAUUUACCACACUAUAAGUUACAAAUCCUUCUUGCCAAAGGACAUGAGGGCUCAGAUCCAGGACUGCAACUUCUUGACACGCAAGCGAAUCCGUUUUCGCUUCAAACGCUUCAUCCAGCAGUUCAGUCAGUGUCGGGCCACAGCUCGAGACCUCAAGCUCAAGUACCUCAUCAGCAUGGAGUCCCUGGAAAAGGCUUUCUACACAGAGACCUUCCAGGUCAGGGAACCCGCCGGUGGCCUGCUCACCAUCCUGGUGGCAGCAGACAGUGGCAUCCAGUGGUGUCGUGACAGGCACAAAGACUCUGAGCAGGAGCUGCAGACCUUGUGUGACUUCCCAGAUGUUACUGACGUCAGCAUCAAACAGGCCAGCAAGGAGGGUGCUGUGGAGAGCCGGGUGGUUACCAUCAACAAGCAAGAUGGCAAGAAUCUGGAGCUGGAGUUCCCGAGUCUGGCCGAAGCUCUGUCCUUUGUUUCCCUCAUCGAUGGCUACUACCGGCUGACUACAGAUGCACAUCAUUAUCUUUGUAAAGAGGUGGCGCCUCCCAGGAUAGUCGAGGCCAUCACUUCCCAUUGCCAUGGCCCCAUCUCAAUGGAGUUUGCCAUCAACAGACUUCAGAAGUCCGGAAACAAGCGGGGCUUGUACAUUUUGAGGUGUAGCCCCAAGGACUUCAAUAAGUACUUUUUGACGUUCCCUGUUGGGGUGUACGAUGCUGUAGAGUACAAACACUGCCAGAUAACGAGGUCGGCCAGCGGGGAGUUCAACCUCAGUGGAACCAAAAGGAACUUCAGCAGCCUGCAGGAACUGCUCAGCUGCUACCAGAAGGAAACUGUGCGUUCAGACGGCGUCAUUUUCCAGUUCAGCAAGUGCUGCCCGCCCAAAUCCAAAGAAAAAUCCUGCCUUCUGGUAUGCAGGAGCAACAAGGGCUCUGAAGUGCCUCUGACUCCGUCCUUACAUCGACACAACAUCAGCCAAAUGGUUUUCCACAAGAUCAGGAAAGAAGAUCUGGAAUUUAAUGAGAGUCUAGGUCAAGGGACGUUUACCAAGAUCUUCAAAGGCGUGCGCAAGGAGCCAGGAGACUGCGGGCUCAUGCACCAAACAGAGGUGGUCAUGAAAGUCCUGGACCAAGCCCACAGGAAUUACUCUGAGUCUUUCUUUGAAGCAGCCAGCAUGAUGAGCCAGUUGUCCCAUAAGCACCUGGUCCUUAACUAUGGCGUUUGUGUCUGCGGGGAAGAGAACAUAAUGGUGCAGGAGUAUGUGAAGUUUGGUUCACUGGACACCUACCUGAAGAAGAACAAGAACUCUGUAAACAUCCUGUGGAAGCUGGAGGUGGCGAAGCAGCUGGCCUGGGCCAUGCACUUCCUGGAGGAGAAGAGCCUCGCCCAUGGGAACGUCUGUGCCAAAAACAUUCUCCUGAUCAGGGAAGAGGAUCGACGGACGGGGAACCCACCUUUCAUCAAACUCAGUGACCCUGGCAUCAGCAUCACCGUCUUGCCCAAAGACAUCCUGAUUGAGCGGAUUCCCUGGGUGCCCCCCGAGUGUAUUGAGGAUCCUGCCAACCUGAGCCUGGCUGGAGACAAGUGGAGCUUUGGCACCACACUGUGGGAGAUCUGCAGCGGGGGAGAGAAACCAUUAGCAACGCUGGACAACUCUAAGAAAAGUCUGUUUUAUGAGGACCGCCACCAGCUCCCUGCGCCAAAGUGGACUGAACUCGCCAACCUGAUCACCAGCUGCAUGGACUACGAGCCGACAUUCAGGCCCACAUUUCGCGCUGUCAUCCGUGACCUCCACAGCCUCUUCACACCCGACUACGAGUUGAUCGUGGACAGUGACAUUCUGCCAAACAGGACGGUGGGCUCCGGCUGGGUGACGGGGGGCUUCGAGAGCCAAGAGCCGGCCCAGUUUGAAGAGAGGCACCUCAUCUUCUUACAGCAGCUGGGCAAGGGAAACUUUGGCAGUGUGGAGAUGUGCCGGUACGACCCGCUGCAGGACAACACAGGGGAAGUUGUGGCUGUGAAGAAGCUACAGCACAGCACUGCGGAGCACAUACGGGACUUUGAGCGAGAGAUCGAGAUCCUCAAGUCUCUCCAGCACGAGAACAUCGUCAAGUACAAAGGCGUGUGCUACAGUGCAGGACGGCAUAAUCUGCGGCUCAUCAUGGAGUAUCUGCCCUUUGGAAGUCUGCGCGAUUAUCUCAUGAAAAACAAGGAGAGGAUCGACCACAAGAAGCUCGUGCAUUACACCUCUCAGAUUUGCAAGGGGAUGGAGUACCUGUCAGAUAAGCGAUAUAUCCACAGAGAUCUGGCAACGCGAAAUAUCCUGGUGGAGAGUGAACUGAGGGUGAAGAUCGGGGACUUUGGCCUCACCAAAGUUCUGCCUCAGGACAAGGAGUACUACAUGGUCAAAGAGCCAGGAGAGAGCCCCAUAUUCUGGUACGCCCCCGAGUCCCUGAUGGAGAGCAAAUUCUCGGUGGCGUCAGACGUUUGGAGCUUUGGAGUCGUGCUGUAUGAACUUUUCACCCACAGCGACAAGAACUGCAGCCCUCCUGCUGUUUUCAUGGCCAUGAUGGGGAACGACAAGCAGGGACAGAUGAUCAUCUACCAUCUGAUCGAGCUUCUCAAAUCAGGCAGCAGGUUGCCUCGGCCUCUCGGGUGUCCUACUGAGAUGCACGAGAUCAUGCAGGAGUGUUGGGACAACGACCCGGGCCUGCGUCCCUCUUUCAAGGAGCUGGCCCUGCGCGUCGACCUGUUCAGGGACAGCAGGGAGCUGUGAAGAGAAAAUACCCAAAGUGCCCUCCUCCUCUCCGACGGAGACGCUGCCAUGGCCAACGGGACAAAAGCCAAACCAGAGCCCUCCUCCCGCUGCGUGCCACUGUGAGUGAAGGCCUCUGGGUGAGCGAAGCGGCUUGUGACCAGAGGAGUAGCAGUUUGAAUCCAGGAAAGAAUGAACUACUUCUGCUUAGGUGCCUUUGAGCAAGGCUCUAAUAUCCACAUUUACUCUAAUGGAGCUGCUCAGUGGCGACCAGUAGAAGACUGUGUUUGUGCUGGGCUGCUCCCAGGUUUGGAUGUGUGAAACUGUGUGAUUGUGAAUCAGGACGCUGCUGAAAAAAAAAUAAGAGCCAACGUGCUCGGUCAAACUUCCUGGAAAAAUAUAAGUUAAAAAAAAAAGAGAGAGUUUGAGAGUUUGUAGAUACAACAGUCUACUGCCAGGGCUAAAGCUAGAGAAGCUUGUGUCAAACAAGGUCUCCAUGUGUGUGUGUGUGUGUGUGUGUAUGUGUGUGUGUGUGUGUGUGUAUCUCUAUGUCUAUGAGGGACUGUGUGUGUGUGUGUGUGUGUGUGUGAGAGAGAGAGAGAGGGAAAGAGAGAAAGUGUGUAUGAGUGUGUCCAUACAGACAGCUAGCAGGGCUAGCUCUUGCCAUCCCCAUCUAAAGAAUAAUGGACUUAUAGAGCAAAGUGUUUUUACGUAAGUGUGUAUAUAUUUGUGUACAUAUGUCCAAAUUUUUUUUUUAUAAUUUUAUAAAAUGAAAAUAUAGUGCAAACUAUAUUGGAACUUGGCAGAAAAGCCAAACCAUACUCAUAAACACCGCAGAUGACAUGCAGAUGACAUGCAGAUGACAUGCAGAUGACAUGCAUGUCUAACUUGAGCCGCUGCCAGCAGGAGGUCGGAUUUGGCACAAAUACUGAAGAUACUUGUCAGGUGUACCAGCCCUUACUUAAGAAUGUUUUGGGAGCACACAGCCACAAAGGAACAUCAUGAACCAGAGCUACUCAUCUCUAGCUGAUGUAUCAUAAGGCCAUGGUACAGUACCAGACUAAAAAUUCAGUUCACAAAUUUUUAAUUAAAAAAAAAAACAACCAAAUGAAGUUAAAGCCCCACGCUGGUGCACAUCGAUCCCGUUGAAGUGUGGCAGAGCAGCGACGUGCACGAGAUCAUGCAGGAGUGUUGGGACCACGACCCGGGCCUGCGUCCCUCUUUCAAGGAGCUGGCCCUGCGCGUCGACCUGUUCAGGGACAGCAGGGAGCUGUGAAGAGAAAAUACCCAAAGUGCCCUCCUCCUCUCCGACGGAGACGCUGCCAUGGCCAACGGGACAAAAGCCAAACCAGAGCCCUCCUCCCGCUGCGUGCCACUGUGAGUGAAGGCCUCUGGGUGAGCGAAGCGGCUUGUGACCAGAGGAGUAGCAGUUUGAAUCCAGGAAAGAAUGAACUACUUCUGCUUAGGUGCCUUUGAGCAAGGCUCUCAAAUCCCCAUUUACUCUAAUGGAGCUGCUCAGUGGCGACCAGUAGAAGACUGUGUUUGUGCUGGGCUGCUCCCAGGUUUGGAUGUGUGAAACUGUGUGAUUGUGAAUCAGGACGCUGCUGAAAAAAAAAAGAGCCAACGUGCUCGGUCAAACUUCCUGGAAAAUACAAGUUUAAAAAAAAAAAAAAAGAGUUUGAGAGUUUGUAGAUAAAACAGUCUACUGCCAGGGCUAAAGCUAGAGAAGCUUGUGUCAAACAAGGUCUCCGUGUGUGUGUGUGUGUGUGUGUGUGUGUCUAUCUCUAUGUCUAUGAGGGACUGUGUGUGUUUGUGUGUGUGUGAGAGAGAGAGGGAAAGAGAGAAAGUGUGUAUGAAUGUGUCCAUACAGACAGCUAGCAGGGCUAGCUCUUGCCAUCCCCAUCUAAAGAAUAAUGGACUUAUAGAGCAAAGUGUUUUUAUGUAAGUGUGUAUAUAUUUGUGUACAUAUGUCCAAUUUUUUUUUUUUUUUUAUAAUUUUAUAAAAUGAAAAUAUAGUGCAAACUAUAUUGGAACUGCUAGCAAGCAGUCUGUGUAAAUGAAGUACAUACAGAGGUGAUUUAAGGAUCCAGUAUUGGUUUUUUGUUUGUUUGUUUGUUUUCUUUUUCAUUGUGAUACAAGUGCUGUGAAAAUUAAAAAAAAAAAAGUUUUAUUCA